AUGGAGAAAUUGAAGACCCUUUUGGUGGCCAACAGAGGAGAGAUCGCAGUUCGAAUAUGUAAAACCGCCCGGAAGCUCGGCAUCAAGACUAUUUCGAUCUACACGGGAAGCGACGCUGCCUCAGCUCACGUCGGUGCCGCUGACGAAGCUAUCCUGCUAUCCGGAUCGGAUGCGAAGGGGUACAUCGAUGGAGAGCACAUUGUUGAAAUUGCGAAAUCGAAAGGGGCAGAUGCCAUCAUUCCCGGCUAUGGGUUCCUAUCUGAGAACACUGAAUUUGCCAGGCAGGUUGCAGAUGCGGGCAUGGUGUUUGUCGGUCCCAGUCCGCAAUGUAUCGAUGAUUUUGGGAUAAAGCAUACAGCGCGCGAGUUGGCUGCGAAAGCUGAUGUUCCGAUUGUUCCUGGCACGAAAGGGUUGGUGGGCUCUGAAGAUGAAGCUGUCGAGGAGGCUAAGAAGCUUGGGUUUCCAGUCAUGCUCAAAGCAACGGCAGGCGGAGGUGGAAUGGGUCUUCUUACCUGCAACGAUGAAGACGGGGUACGCCGGUCUUUCAAGACGGUACAAUCUCGUGGAGAAACACUGUUCAAGAAUUCAGGCCUUUUCAUUGAGAAGUUCUAUCCCUCAUCGCAUCAUAUCGAAGUGCAGAUCUUUGGCAACGGGCAAGGCCAAGCGAUAUAUUUUGGAGAACGAGAAUGUUCGAUUCAGCGUCGUCAUCAGAAGGUGAUUGAGGAGUGUCCCAGUCCUUUUGUGGUCAAACAUCCAGAACUUCGAGAGAAGCUUGGUUCCGCUGCUGUUAGAUUGGCCGAGUCAAUCAACUAUGGCUCGGCUGGUACGAUUGAGUAUCUUGUUGACGAUGAAUCUGGUGACUAUUUCUUCCUGGAAAUGAACACUCGACUACAAGUGGAACAUGGAAUUACCGAAUUGUGCUACGAUGUCGAUCUUGUGGAGCUUAUGCUCAAACAAGCGGAUGCUGAGUUACUUGGUGAAGGCGGUCUCAAAGGCGACUAUUUGAAGUCAUUGCAACCUAACAGUCCGCAAGGAGCAGCCAUCGAAGCACGAGUCUAUGCGGAGAAUCCUGCAAAGGACUACGCUCCAUCACCGGGCACCCUUCAACAUGUUUCAUGGAAGGAUGUCAAGCGGUCGAGAAUUGACUCCUGGAUCCACACUGGAACGAAAGUGACUUCAUUCUAUGACCCACUGCUUGCCAAAGUUAUGGUUCACGCGGAUACCCGUGAUGAAGCACUUGGAGGCAUGUUGGAGCUGCUAUCAGGAUCUCAGAUCUUCGGGCCACCCACAAACAUGGAUUUCCUUAAGUCUAUCAUUGAGGAUAAGACAUUUAAGUCCGGCAAAACCUUAACCAAAUUCCUUGACAGUUUCAAAUAUGAGCCGUGUGCGAUUGAUGUCGUCCAAGGCGGAGCCUACACACUGAUUGAGGAUUGGCCAGGGCGGCCGACUAUUGGAAGAGGUUUCUCGCACUCCGGUCCAAUGGAUCCUCUCGCGUUUCGCAUUGCCAAUGCUUUGGUUGGGAACCCUCCGGGAAGAGAGGGCAUCGAGAUUACUCUCAGUGGUCCGGAUCUUAGAUUCCUUGGUGCUGCAAUCAUUGCGGUGUGCGGAGCACCUAUGGAAGUUAAGAUCGAUGGUAAGGCUGUAUCUAUGUGGAACCGGCUCAAGAUAGAGGCUGGUCAGCGCCUGACCAUUGGAAAAACGACAGGCGGUGGUUGUCGAUCAUACUUGGCAAUUUAUGGUGGUCUCCCCAGCAUCGCCACAUGGUUUGGUUCCAAGUCGACCGCUCCCAUGACUGCCGUGGGAGGAUACCAAGGACGUGCACUGGCUGCAGGCGACCUUCUGGCGAUUACAGGAGAUAUUCCAGAAGUUCGAGGCGAGCUGAAGAUUCCAGAGCACCUUAUCCCAGCAUAUCCCGAGGAAUGGGAUCUCUUUUCCAUGCCUGGACCAUAUGACGAAGGAUAUAUCGAUAAAGAAUCCAUUGAGGAAUUCUAUGAUACCACUUGGAAGGUCUCGCACAAUGCUGCAAGAGGAGGGAUUCGUCUCAUCGGGCCCAAACCGAAAUGGGCACGUUCAGAUGGUGGCGAAGGCGGGGCCCACCCAAGCAAUGUCAUCGAGUAUGGAUACCCAGUUGGCACCGUGAAUUGGACGGGAGAUGACCCAUGUCUAUUCCCCAUUGAUGCUCCUGACUUUGGUGGAUUCGUGUCAGCCACCACAAUUGUAAAGGCGGAUUAUUGGCGACUAGGUCAGAUGAAAGCCGGCAACAAAUUACGAUUCAAGAGGGUUUCGUAUCAAGAUGCUAUCGCGAAGCGGAAUGAAGUCGAAGAAUUCCUUUCUUUAAUCAAAGAUUGUUGUGCAGGGAAAGCCAAGUUUGAUGAUGCAUUCCCUCUGAAAUAUCAAGGGAUGCCCCCAUCAGUCGAGAAUAAAGGUUGGGAGUCUGCUGUUAUCCACCAGAUCCAAGAAGAAGGUAAUCAGCCAUUAGUUUCGUAUCGUCAAGGAGGUGAUGAUUUCCUACUGGUGGACUAUGGUUAUGGAGCUUUCAACCUCAACUAUCGUUGUCGUGCUGUGGCGUUAUAUCGCAAGUUGAAGGAAGGCAAGGGCGAUAUAUCGUUCCAGAGUGGUGCUUUGCACACGGGUAUGGCUUGCGGCAAUUCUCUGAUGCUUUACUAUGACUCUCUCAAAGUCAGUCGACAACAAUUGCUUGAUCAGCUCCUGAAGCUUGAGGAUGAGUUGGGUGACCUCUCUGAAGCUAAGUUCCCAAGCAGAAAGUACAAACUCCCUAUCACUUUUGAGAGUAAGAGGCAGAAAGAGAGCUUACAGCGGUAUAUUGAGACUCAACGUCCGUAUGCAACGUAUCUGCCAGAUCCGUUGGAGUUUGUGGCCAAAAACAAUGCGUUUACUCAGCAGCAGGUAUGUACAGGAGCCCGUUUUGCUCGAGAGAUCAGUACUAAUAUAUCGACUUUGCAGCUGAAAGACAUCUUCACGAAAUCUUCGUUGAUGGUAGUGGCGGUUGGCUUCUUCGUAGCACUGCCCAUUGCUUUACCAAUUGAUCCACGGCAACGCAUUCAAUGCCCCAAGAUGAAUCCAUCACGCGUCCACACCCCAGAAGGACAAGUCGGCUGGGGUGGAUCCUGCAUGGCGCUGUAUAAUGUCGAAUCACCUGGCGGGUACAUGAACACUGGUCUCUCAAUUCCCGGUGCCGAUAUUCUAGGUUACAAGAACGGCUACAACGCUUCGAAGCCAUGGCUCUUUGAGGAUUUCGAUCAGAUCACCUUCUAUGAAGUCACUGAGGACGAGUAUGAGUCCAUGAUGGCGACCUUCCGCAGCGGCAGAUAUAAAUAUGAGUACGAAGACACGGAAUUCGACAUGAAAGAGCAUAAUCAACUCCUCAGGGACACUAGAGCUGAGGUAGCAGAAAUCCGUGCCAAGCAGCGAGAAGCACAGGCGGAUAUGGACAAACGGGAGAAGGAAUUAUUGGAGAAAUGGAGUAAAGAGAAAGAAGCCGGGAAGAUCAGUAUGGAUACGGUGGAGGAACUGCUGAACGAUCCGGAGAUUGUUGCGGUGGAGGCGCCACUCAAUGCCAACGUAUGGAAAGUUGAGGUCAAGGAGGGUGACAAGGUAAAACUCGAGCAAGUUGUUUCGAUCCUGGAGGCUAUGAAGUUGGAGAUACCAGUCAAGACUGAGGAUGGAAUGGAAGGCGCCACCGUCGAGAAGUUGCUGGUCAAACCUAAUGAUGUGGUUCAAGCAGGUGCGCCGUUGAUAUUGCUGCGCAAGCCAAAAUGA